UAAGAUGAUUUUUUCUGUUUUUGAAACGGAACCAACUUAUUAUGCAAGUUACACAAGUGUUUCUGUUGCUUUAAUUACUUCACUUGCGUGUGAUCUAUGUUUCAGUGUGCCUUGCAAGAUUGUUGAAUCAAUAAAUAGAAAUAUAUGAUUGAUUUGUGUUUCAAGUUUUAUGUAGUUUGCAGAAAGUGCAUAUAUGAUAAGAUAGAAGAUGAAGAUUUAGAAUGCUGUCCAAUAUGCAACAUUGAUUUGGGUUCUGUUCCGCUGGAGAAAUUAAGGCCAGACCAUAAUUUGCAAGAUGUGAGGGCCAAAAUCUUCCCUCUUAAAGGAAGAAAAGCAAAGCCACCUGAAGUUCUGCCUCCAAUUACAAUGCCAACUAGAAGAAAGGAGAGAUCACUAUCUUCAUUGGUGGUUAAUGCCCCCAAAGUAUCAACACAAACUACCAUGACCGGAAGGAGAACAAAAGCUGUUGCCAGAAAGGCUGGUUCUCUACGAGGUUCCAGUUUUUCAGUAGAGAAGCCCGUUAAAAGAGAGAGAGACUCUGUGGAGGACCACAAGGAGAGUGCAAGCUCACCUGAAACGCUAAAUAAAUUCACUCAGAAUAAAAGACAGUGUACUUCUGCUGAACCUUGCCAACAGAAGGAUAAAGGAGUAGAGAAUAGUGGCGAAUCACGGGAUGGAAAAUUGGAUCUCUGGAAACCUUUAGAUUGUUUGGCAGAGGUUGCAAAUAGGUCCAAGUCCUUCAAGUCUAAUUUACAAGGCUGUGAUUCUAAGUUAGAACUAGAACCUACCUAUGUCAUCAACCCUGAAGCUCAAACGUGCAGAAACAAGCAUAGGAAAGAAAACGGCAAAACAAAAGUUGAGGAAGAAAAGAAUAAUGCUGCUCCUGCAACAACUUCUGGAAUUGUGAACCCUAAAAAGUUACGCAGGAUCCGUCAAAAAAGUGGUUCUGGAUUCGGGGAUUCUGGCAUUUCUCUCCAAGCUGUGCUAGAUGCUGCUGGUCCAAGGCAUGAAAAAAGAAUCGGUCCUGUGUGGUUCUCAUUAGUGGCCUCUGAAGACCAGGUAGGAGAGGCACCCCUCCCUCAAAUUCCUGCAAAUUUCCUGAGGAUAAAGGAUGGAAACAUACCUGUUUCUUUUAUUAAAAAAUACCUGAUGAAGAAACUGCACCUCGCCGAUGAAGAUGAGGUUGAGAUCAAAUUUAUGGGACAACCAGUAGUACCCACAUUGCAGUUGUACAAUUUAGUCCAUCUGUGGCUGCAAAAGGCAUCAACAUCACAGAGAGUUCCAGCAUCUGUUGGUUCUUCUGCAAAGGAUUUUAUCAUGGUGUUGGCAUAUGCUCGAAAAGCCCCACAGCAAUAGUAAUGCUUUCUUUCAAUUUUUCCCCACAUGUAUAAUAUAUAUCAUUAUUAGAAUCUUGUUGGUAAUAGAAUAGGACAUUCGAAUACGGUCCAAAAUACUUUUAGCUUGGCUAAUGAGUUUAGCUUAGCCAAUAUUGCUUCUUUACAUUUUGGGCAGGUUGAGAUCAAAUUUAUGGGACAACCAGUAGUACCCACAUUGCAGUUGUACAAUUUAGUCCAUCUGUGGCUGCAAAAAGCAUCAACAUCACAGAGAGUUCCAGCAUCUGUUGGUUCUUCUGCAAAGGAUUUUAUCAUGGUGUUGGCAUAUGCUCGAAAAGCCCCACAGCAAUAGUAAUGCUUUCUUUCAAUUUUUCCCCACAUGUAUAAUAUAUAUCAUUAUUAGAAUCUUGUUGGUAAUAGAAUAGGACAUUCGAAUACGGUCCAAAAUACUUUUAGCUUGGCUAAUGAGUUUAGCUUAGCCAAUAUUGCUUCUUUACAUUUUGGGCAAUCAAUCAUACGUGAAUAUUUUUUUUUUUACAA